CAGAUUGGGUAUUACAACUGUGAUUUCAACUGAUUCAAUUCGGCACAUGAUGAGAAGCUUUGUAGAUGAAAAAGAAAAUCCACUUCUGUGGUCCUCUACAUAUCAUGCUGGUGAUUACUUAGAUCCUGUGGCAGUUGCGGAAGCGAAGGCCAGAAGGAAAGCAAAAAGACUGGCUGGUGUUUCCAACCCUGUUUUUAGGGAAGGGCUGUCCAAUAAUGCUUCAUCUGAAAAGUGUGAGAAACAAUCACCGGAUGGAGGCUCAGGUAUCGACCAAAUUGGCAAAAAGCAGAUGGCAGUUGAGGGAUUCAAGGCACAGAGUGAAAUGGUUAUUGACAGUCUUGAUCGUUUGAUUACAGCGUGGGAAAAUCGGAAGCAAUCUGUUAUUGUAGAAGGAGUUCACCUGAGUCUCAAUUUUGUGAUGGGGCUAAUGAAAAAGCAUCCUUCAAUUAUACCAUUCAUGAUUUAUAUUGCGAAUGAGGACAAACAUAUGGAAAGGUUUGCGGUGCGUGCUAAAUAUAUGACAUUGGACCCUGCAAGAAAUAAGUAUGUAAAAUAUAUUCGGAACAUAAGAAGGAUUCAGGACUAUCUCUGCAACCGGGCGAACAAACAUUUGGUGCCCAAGAUAAAUAACACAAAUGUUGAUCGUAGCGUGGCUGCAAUUCAUGCUACAGUUUUUAGCUGCCUGAGGAGGCGAGAGGCAGGAGAGCAACUCUAUGAUCCAAUCACGAAUACAAUAACCAUAGUUGAUGAAGAGUAUAGAAACCAAUGUGCUGCAAACUCACUGACUUCAAAAAAAAUGUUUCAAUUGAUACAGAGGCUAGGAUCUUCUAGACAUCUCAUAGCACUGGUUAAUACGGAUGGGUCUGUUGCUAAGGCUUGGCCGGUGGAGUCCGUUAAUGUUAAGGCAAUGCCUGGCUCAAACAGUGGAAGUGAGAGCUGUGUAGGAAGCCCAAUGUAUGGUCCCUUGAAGAUUGGCAAGGCAGAACCCAUUAAUCUUCAGUUUGGCAAUUAUGGAAUCAGUGCUUGGCCUAAUGAUGCUGGUGUCGCCAGUUAUGCUGGAAGCAUGGAUGAUUCAAGAGUUAAUGGCACUGACUCUGGUAGUCGAUACCUUUCUUCUUGUUCUAGCUCUCCUAGGAUUGCAGGGGGAGCUUUGAAAGAGUUAAAGAUAAAUUUUGCUGUUUCAUACUUAAUUACCUAUGUUUUGAGGCUUCAG